AUGCCCUUGGACUCCUUUCUCAAGAGACUCGACCAAUUCCUCCCCCCAAAGCUGAUCCAAGUCCCGCUCUUCCACGCCGUCGACGUCGCGUUUCAACCGCAUCAGACAUAUCGGUUGUCCCUGGUCCAUCACGACCAAGCAUUCAUCUUCACGCUCCAAUCUGUCGUGCUGAUUGUCAACAGCAUCCUCUGCUUCUUCCUGUCCGUGGGGUUCCUACUGUGCGCAUUUCUUGUCCAAAUCCUGCGCAUCCUCGUUCUCUCGAAUGGCGACAAGAUGCACGGCAAGCUCACAGUUGCCACGUGGAUGCUAGGCCAGCACAAGAUUGUGUCACCCCUCACGACGUCCACUCAUUCUGUACCUCCUCAUGAACAUCAUACAGCGCGCGCUGUUGAGAGAGGAGAGGCCACUCUCGACUUGUAA